GCGGGCAGCAUGGUCCAGACCACGAGAUCCCCGGUCACUAAAGUCAGUUUACGCAACGCUUCCGUACGCGAACCAUAUAACGCCAUUCGCAUCCUCCGCGAUCCUCGUCUCCCCUGUAACGAACAUGAUAUCUCCUCCUUUCCAAAUUUUCAACUUCCUUUGAGUUCCCUUUUUCCUCUCUCCCUCCUACUUUUUUCUUUCUUCAUCAUUUUUCCGGACGAAAUGACGGAAUUCGUUUAAUCAAGCGAUAAUUCCUCCUUCCUCCUCCUCGAGGGAGAGAGAGAAAGAGAGAGAAAGAGAAAAAGACAGUAGUAGUGUUUUUACUAUGCGUUGAAUCGUCAUAUAAAUAUAUAUAUAUACAUACAUACAUAUAUAUCGAAGAAGAGAGCGAGAGCGAGAGCGAGAGCGAGAGAGAGAGAGAGAGAGAGAAAGAGCGAGAGACGAGAAUGACCACUUACGCCAGCUUCCAGCAAUACGAGGUGUUGGAUUCGGAGGGUUACGGGUCGGCGAGUAGCCCGGAAUCGAAUCCGCGUAGCUGGGCCCAACAGGAGAUAUACCCUCAACCGCCGAGAUCUAGGGGUAGCAGUUGCGGGAGCGUGAGCUCGGUCGAUUGUCAGAAUCGCGAGUACCAGGAGAUCGGCGCGACGAACGGCACUUUCCGCUUGGCCGCCACCCCCGCUUCCUUCAACCUCGAAACCGAGUUCUACGAGUCCUCUUACUAUCAACAACAAGCUUGCCGGAACGAGCAUCAUCAUCAUUGCCAUCAUCAUCAUAAUAGUAAUAACAAUAAUCAUCACCAUCAUCACCACCACCAUCAUCAUCAUCAUCAUCGUGAUCACGAAAUCGGCCACUCCUCGAGCGGAUGCAACUCGAGGACGAUGAGGGAGAAGAACGAGUGCGCGAACGUUUACGACGGAUGUGUGACCGUGGCCCGUGCCGAUUUCUCCACCACCGGUCAAGAUGGUAAACAGAACGUGCCGCCAAAAAUGGACCAGCAACAUCAUCAUCAUCAUCAGCGCAACACGGAUACUUUGGGGAACGACAGGUGCGAUUUCGUCGGGCAGAGCGAGGAGAGCUUCUUCGGUAUCCCGAAAGGUGAUGGUUUUUUGGCUAGGAAUAAUAGCGGGGAGAACUCUUAUGGGCAGAGGAGCGACAUUGUUUAUUUGGGUGGCACGUACGCGUCCCAUGUGCAGAGGAACGAGGGCUACGUUGUCGAGCAGGGCGAGGGGGAGGGCGGGAAGCGCGACACGGCCAGGUACCAGGGGAAGAUCGAAUACACGUCCGGUGAAAAGACGAGGGAGAGCGUGCAUCACAACAGGAUGAAAAACGGGACGACGCCUGGUAUAGAGGUGUUGAGGAAGAGACGGCUGGCCGCGAACGCGCGGGAAAGAAGAAGGAUGAACAGUCUGAACGACGCGUUCGACAGGCUGAGGGACGUGGUACCUAGUUUGGGCAACGACAGAAAGCUGAGCAAGUUCGAGACUCUGCAAAUGGCGCAGACUUAUAUCGCGGCGUUGUACGAGUUGCUGCAAAGAGAGUGAACUUGGAACAUUUUGCGAAAACGUGCGACUGAUCGUCCAGCGAUCGCUUCUAUUCGAUAAAUUUGUUCGAUGAAACUUACAAGUGGAUAAUUUACGUUGGACCGAUUGAAGAGGAACGAUGUCGCGACGCUUGAUCGACGUUGAAAGGUAAAUGACGAAAUGUCGAAAAAAAGGUUCGAAAAUCGACGAGAAUCGGUCUCGUUCCCGCCCGAUAGUUUAAUUAGCGAUAAUUGGUGCGCGCAAACACGUCGCUAAUGCUUUUCCCUCCGCGCGGCCAUGUUGCCAGAUUCCAGGAUAUUUUUUCAUAGAUCGAAUCGCGAUUGCCAUGCGUUGAUACGCGAAACGAGCCUCGAUGUAAUUCCAGUGUUCGCCAACCUGUGUAAAGCGAUGAAAAAUGAAAGAAAUCGAAAUUAAACGAACAUCUCGCGAUCAACAGGUUGGGGAUCGCUGCUUUCAACGAAUAUCGUAAAAAAGUAUAUACGCGGCUAUCGUGUGUUUAGUCGUAGGAUUCGUGUAAAUAUUUGAUUAGACGCGAUUAAGUUAUUGUGACGUUGUUUAGGUAAUUGUGUACAUAUAUAUAAAAAUAGGAGAUCUCUCGAUGAUCGAUCCGUGCGAUAGCGAAGAAAAAAGUGAACCUAUUUCUUCUCUGAAACAGCAGAGAGAAGAAUUAUGUUUCUCGUCUUUGGCUCGAGAAAAAAUAACAUCGCGAUGUCGCUAUGUGAAAUACGCGACGGGCAUACUUUCUUUUCUUUUCUCUUCUUAGUGGGAUGAUUUUGAUUUUAUUUCCGAUUAAAAGAAUCGAUCGAAUAAUUUUCGCGAAAGGAAAUUUACCGUGACGAUAAAUAAUAACACGAGGAUCUCGUCGAUUACUUUUUGAGAUGAACCAAAGAAUCCGUUAACAGGUUAAGAAAAAAGACAAUGCGUCGCAGACAAUUAUUUUUCCAAUCACGAUCAUGUAUACUGGCCGGUUCGAAUCGUACAAGGUGUUGAUAUAUUAUCGUGAUACAUUCUCUUUUAGAGGAUCGAUUCGAGAGGCGAAAACAAUCAACGAUCAUCCUUCGAAAAUGGAUAUAUGUUGACAUCCGAUAAUAAAGAAUAGGGCGGAAGACAAAAGCGAAAAAGGACAGGUUGUUUGGAUGGUUUCCCGCGAUGUUUCUCCCGCAAUUAGGGAUAUGCAAAAAUGAGAGGACAAAUGGCGGUGGUCGGCCACCUCCACUUAGCAGUCAAUCACAAUUAAAUACAAUUUUGCGCGAGCUUCGGCCCCUGGUAAUGGCGCAAAAAGAGAGCAAAUUGAAAUCUCCUAGCUGACAGAAUGAUAGAUGGUGGCGCGCAGACGCGAAAACACGGGGGACGGAGAAAAAGAGGGAUAGAGAUGGAACGGCGGAGAGUUACCUUCCCCGCAGAACGCCGCUGUGAGAAAGCUGCUGCUGUUGCUCCUACCUUUGCUUCGAGCCGAACAACGGGCGAAAAUGCAAAAGUGGAAGACCAAUGUCUUCUUGAAGAAAAUAUAUCGUUUAGAGAGAACAACUAUACACGUUACGCGUAUAUUCGAUCAAACUCUAUCCAGUUUUCCGUUAUUCCAUAAUUUAACGUGACUACGCGAAAUCCUUCUGAUUGCCAUUGUUGUUCUCCCUGACGAUUGAAAUUGCGCUCUAAUACACUUUUGAAACUGGUCACCACGUUUUCUCACUUAAUUCGACGUUUUUUUAAACCUCUUGGUAAUAACUAUCCAGGAAAAAGUAAUUGAUAACCAUGCAAUUGAUAGUAACGAAAUGUCGCGCAUUAUCGCGCAUGGUCAAUUAAGCUAGAUAGAAAUUAUCACUCGCCUGAAAAUGAUAGCGACGAUUAAUCCGAUUCGAACAAAAAAAACCGACCUCUUUGUGAUCCGUUACGAAUCUAUUUCCGCCUAAAAAUCUUCUGUUAAAAUCCGAUACAAAGAUUUAAUCGAAGAGAAAAGAAGACGUUCGUGAAGACGGCGAGCGAAGGAAUGUUUUCGUUCCAAUAUAUAAUCGAAUACUACUAUCGAUCGAGAUUUUAUAUGGACGAAUAACGAGAAAGGAUACGCUUUGGAUCCAUUCGUGUAAUAGGUUAGGUGUUGAGUCGAUAGAGGUCGUGAUCGCGGCGGUAACGCAGGCAGUUUGUUAUUCACCGUGGAAAAAGCGGAUUUGCCACGCGUGGUUUUCUUCGUUUCGCGUGGAUAUAAGACAAGCGACCAGAGAAACGUAAAAGAGACAAAGGGGAGGGGAGGGAGUCUUUUUCGAACGGCGCCCUUCAAAUUACGGUGUUUCUCGAAAGUAUUGGACUCGAGGAUUCGAGAAAUGAUCGAACUAUCAUCGUAUAAUAAACAUCGUUGUUUCUUUACCAGCGAGACGAGUGGUGAGAUUAUGCAAAUCGGAAACAGGCGAAUUUUGCAAAGCAAUUGUUUUUUUCUUUUUUUUUUUACGUUGUUUCGGAUCGAUAGCGCUGCCAUCGAGAGUACCUUUGUAAAUAAAUUGUACGUUUUAUAUACAUUAAUACGACGCUAGUAUGGUAAGACUUAAUUUAAGAGGAGAUUUGAAAUAAGCAAAGCAAAUUCCCACCAAUAAUGUUCCUCUAAAGAGACCAAAUGUAUUUAAGGAUGUGCAAUGUUGAAUAAAAAAACACAUUGGAAGAUUC